AUGGAUCGCGGUAACGAUGGCUUUCCCAACAAUAAUAAUUUGUUUUCGGACAAUAGCCAGCAGUACAAUUAUGACCACAUGAACUUUGUAAAUGGCAACGAUCCCGCGUUCCCAAAUGCCACCUGGCCAAUUCCCGACUAUCAGUCACGUGUCAAUCCGCCAAGCUACGGCCUCCAGCAAAACGGCGGCCAUCUCACAUCCGUGAAUGCACACACAAACUACAACGGACAUGCAUCACCUUAUGGACAGCCUCCAAGCCACAGUCCAGCUCCGUUCAAUCCAAACGCAUUCAACAACUUCGGCGCCCAGCAAAACUUUCCGUAUCGUCAAACUCCACAAUACGACCCGGCCCUGCUACAGACUGGCAACCACCAUGCAUCGAACUUCGGCAACCCCGGCACUAUUGCGCCGCAGGCACUUGAGCAUGAAACAUCUCCAUAUGGCAAUCCUUAUGCGGGACCCAACUUUGCUUCAACGAAUUUCAGCAACCAGCCACGCCCUAGUAGGCCUGUUGUUGCGCCUCCUCCGCAGCAACAUCCUGUCGAUCAACGUGCACUCGCCGCGUCAGUCCCCCGUGGUGCCGAUGCAGGCAUGUUCAGUAUCAUCAAGUUUGACGAUCUUGCCCGAGCGACCAAGUCGGAGCGAAUGGGCAACUUCGUCAACGUCGGUAACGAGCCGCUUGAAUGGGAUUGCACGCGCAGUGCUGUUCCAGGCUACACUGCUCGAAAAUCUCGAAACGAGUUGAGGACGCUCGCGGGUAACAACGCCAGCCUUCUGGCGAAGAUCGGCAAGAAAUCGACAAAGCACAGGUCCCUUUCUGCAACCUCAAAGGCAACCAAGGCGCCAGCUGCGAGCAGUUCCACCUUGGGUGCGCAGAUCAAAUAUGAGCAGGAUUCGUCAAGUGAAGAAGAUUCAUCAGACGAUGAUGAUUCAGCCUACUCGGACGAAGACGAUGCGGACUUCCCACUACCCGGCAACAGGCCGGAAGACUCCAAAGGUGCUGUUGAAUACGAUACGAUCAAGGCUCUAUGGCGCAGCAAGCGUAAAGCCAUCGAUGGCGCAAUUGUCCGGCAGAGUCUGACCGAGUUCUGGGAAGUUGUCAAGACGGUUCGCGAUCGUUGGAAGGCCGACAUAGCUGCAGUCACGGAAGCAGAGAAGAAGCAACGUCUGGGCGAACUGCCAUUACUGAAGAGCAGAGUCAAGGAUCAACGAGACAUGCUCGAGGCGGCAUUUCGAGCUGCGCUCAAGCACGGUCAUCGUGACAUUAUCGCAUUACUCGCGGAAAACGUGUCACUCGUCUUCGUCUGCUACCAGCUCCUGCUCGACCGCUUCAAGGAAGAGGAGCUCAACAGCGGGAUAAGCAAAGCCAUACUGGAGACCAUGGUCAAUUUUACCACACUCACUGAGGAGAAAGUCGAGAGAACACAGCUGUCCAAAAUCCUUCCACGCUACCUCAAAAGGGGUGACGCCCGCGUGCAGUACUGGAUCAAGAAGAUUCUUGCGAACAUCGCGCAGGCGACCAAGGAAGCGGCAUCGAAAGGCGAGCAAAAGAAAGCAGAAUCACCCACAACUCAACAUCCGGCAUCUCCCUCCACGAAACGUGUAGUUCCCGAUCCAGUCAUUGGUAUCAAGCGAGCUGCCGCCACCCCCGGAGAAGGUAGCGCACUGAAGAAGACCGCCAACGGCUCAGGCAAGUCCAGCAUCGUUGCUCCCAGUGCAAAGGUGAAUGGUGUUUCAAAGAAACCAGCCCCCGCUCUUGAAACCAAGCCUGGUUCUGCUCCCGGAACAGUCGCCGCCGUGAGGAAGACUGUCACUGCAAAGCCAUCUGGCUACUUUUCAAGCUUACAAUCAGCUGCGAAGAAGCCGGGUACCUCGAUCGCUGAUCGAAAUGUAACAACAACCAGCAAGACACCUGCUCCAAGUAGACCACUCAACAAACCGACUCCUACUGCCACUGCUCCGACCAAGCCGACAUUCUCUUUCGCCGAAACAAUGGCCAAUCUUGCCAAACCGAAGGAGGAAAAGCCCUCCGCGAGGCCUCAACGAGAAGAAAAGCCCGAGUCUGAGGCAGAGCGCAAGCAACGGCUACACAAGGAGGCACGACGGAAGCUGCGGGUGCGGUUCGCAGAGCGCGACCAACUCGAACAGAUCAGGAUUUUCCAAUCUGAUCCCAACGAAGAGAACGGUCACGACUCCAGCCAGCUGCGCGAUAUGUCCGACAUCGGUGGGGAGGGUCGUGUACUCAAACAGCAUCGGGAUAUGAUGGAUAUUGAUGAUGAGGACGAGACCACGGAUGAGGUGGAGAAGCUCAUAGAUUGGUACUCGCCGWCUUCUGUGGACUUUAGUGUCGUUCCUGCUGAUGAGCGUGCGCGCAACUAUGUUCCGUACGGAGGCGGUAAACUGCAGCCUGACAGUCCAGAGCGAGUUGUGCGUGAGAACUAUGAGAAGAAUACUCUUCUAGUUUUUUAUGCAGAUUCGAGCGAGGUUCCGCCCAACCCACGCGAACCGCCCGAUCCAUUUAAUGGCGAGCCCGGCGGCGAGAUUAAGAUGUUUGGUGCGCCUGAGGAAAAGUUUGCUGCUCGGGCUCGCAUGAUGAGAGCUUCGCAACUGGCGAAAUCUUCGCACCGCGGCGGACAGCCAACCACAGCCCCUUUUAAUGUGCCCGCAUUUACUGGGCCUAUCGCCAACCAGCAGCAGCAUGUACAGCAGGGUGCGCCGGACAUCCAGUCGAUCCUCGCAUCCCUCCAGGCCCAAGGAGGUUACAAUCAGCCACAGCAAGCCAGCACUGCCUUCCAGCAACCAUACAUGAAUGCACAUUCGGCAAACAGCUUCCAGUCUGYGCCAMCAGCACCAGUCCAACCGCCACCGGCAGGUAUUGACCUGGCUGCAAUUCUCGCCGCGAUCAACCCACAACAGCAAAAUGGCUACAAUGCUAGUGCAGCACCGGCCAUGAGCUUUGCGCCCCAGCCACAGGCACAACAGCAACAGGCUCAGAUGUUCGCGGGCUCCGGGACGAAUUUCGCGCAGAAUGAUCCCGCGCAAAACCCGUUCUACAAGACCAAGGUGUGCAAAUUCUUCUCAGAAGGACGCUGCACAAAAGGCGACAAGUGUAGCUACCUGCACGAGUGA